AUGGCUCCAGACGCGCCAGCUCCGAUCUAUGUUAUCGUAAGUGCAGGGCAGGUGUUGCGAAUGGUGAUCACCCACGGAUGUGGUUACCACCUAUCAGGGUUCCGAGUAAAUUUCGGCCAACCUCGUUCCUCAACCUAUCCUCUUCCCUCCCUCCUCUCCAUUUCCUUUCCUCUCCGCUUCCUCUCCCUCCCUCCACUCCUCCUCUGCUCACUCUUCUCCUCCUCACCACCCUCCUCUCCGUUUACCCUUCUAUCCGUUUCCCCUCCUCUCCGUUUCCCCUCCAUCCGUUUCCCCUCGUAUCCGUUUCCCCUCCUAUCGGUUUCCCCUCCUAUGCGUUUCCCCUCCUAUGCGUUUCCCCUCCUAUGCGUUUCCCCUCCAUCCGUUUCCCCUCGUAUCCGUUUCCCCUCGUAUCCGUUUCCCCUCGUAUCCGUUUCCCCUCCUAUCCGUUUCCCCUCGUAUCCGUUUCCCCUCGUAUCCGUUUCCCCUCCUAUCCGUUUCCCCUCGUACCGUCAUCCAGACGACGCUUUGGUCAUCCUCGCCGCUUGCCCGUCCAUUCGUGUGCUCGGUCGGCAUUGCCACGUCAUUCAGCCACUAUGUGACUGCAUAGCAAGAGGUCACCAGACACGCCCGUUCUUCAGGGCGCCACAGCACCGCUCUCAACCGCACCACUUCGAGAUUGCUUCUUUCGCCAUUCCAGUAGCAUGCUCACUUCGACAUUGCUUCUUUCACACCAGCAGCAGCAGCAGCAGCAGCAGCCCCAGCACUCUUCCUCCGCUGGCGUGCUUCUCGUUUCUGGCUGAGACGGGUUGGCAGGAGUGCAACGCGGAGCAAAGAAGGGGGCAGAGUGGAGUAGGGAGCAGAGUGGGGGGCGGGGGGUUGGAUGUGCGAGGAGGUGGCGAGGAGGCCCGGGCAGACCAGCAUGGUGCAGCUGGGAGGGACCCAUGA